AGUUGUUGAAUUUUAUUAUAGUGAUGGAUUGGAGAAGAAGAAUUAUAACGCUGCUGCCUUCUUCGUUGCAAUCUCUCUCGAAUUAUUUGUUUUUAUCGUGGUUUAUUGAUUUAUUUUUGUUGGUAUUUGGUAUAGUUAUUCACUCUUAUUAUUCUUGUUCCUGUUGGGAUUAUUAUUAAUUACCUUUCUUUUCUUCCUUUCUUUUUCGCGGAUCUUCUUCUUCCAAUCCCCAAUUCUUAUUCAGUCGGUUUGUUGUUUGAGGCAUUCCAAUUCCCAUGUCGGCUGCUGUUAAUAAUCCCUUCUUGUUCUCCAGCGUCGGGCGGUAUCUCUUGAGAGUUUCGUAUGAUUGAGAAAAGGCUAAUCGUGUAAUCCCAGUAUUUCUUCCCUUUUACCCUUUGGUCUCUCGGUGUUUCCUUGAUCUGGGAAACCCUAAUUCGCCGAUUUUUUGUCGAAUUGGUUCGGGAUGGAUUCGAAUUCUGACGGGGAAGAUGAGCAGCAGCAGCACCACCGGAAGCCCAACAACAAGGGCUCCGGCGGGGAGGGGCAGGGCAAGCCGAAGCGUCAGAUGAAGACGCCUUUCCAACUCGAAACCCUCGAGAAAGCUUAUGCCUCGGAAAAAUACCCAACUGAGGCGACGAGGGUGGAGUUGUCUGAGAAAUUAGGCCUGACGGACAGGCAAUUGCAGAUGUGGUUUUGCCAUAGGAGGUUGAAAGACAGAAAAGAGGAGAAGACAGAAGAAAGAAAGGACGUCACCCCUGCAAAGAAACCACGAAAAGCUCCACCUCCAUUGCCCGACUCACCUGUCGAGGAACUCAAGCGUGCAGUUUCUGAUCCUGGGAGUGACUAUGGGUCUGGCUCAGGUUCUGGUUCCAGCCCGUAUAUGGAUUCAAGGAAAAUGGUUGUGUCUGAUGUGCCAUUGAGGAGGGGGUACUUCGAACCAUCUCCUCAGUCAGCAAUGGAGCGUAGAGCUAUUGCAUGCGUGGAGGCACAAUUGGGGGAGCCUCUGAGGGAGGAUGGUCCUAUUCUAGGAGUCGAGUUUGAUCCAUUGCCACCUGAUGCCUUUGGAGCCCCAAUUGCGGCUGUGGUGGAACAGCAGAAGCGGUACCCUUAUGAUGGAAAGAUGCUUCAAAAGCGUGAGGGGAAAUCAAAAAAGGCCUCUUCAAGGCCUCUUCAUGAGUAUCAGUUUGUCCAGGAUCAGCCCAGCAUAAGAACUGACACAUAUGGACAAGUUGCCCAGCAUUCUUACCAUGAUCUGCCAGCUGAUACUCUUAGGGGAAGAACUUCACCAUUUGUACGUGGAGAUGAACAUUUGCCCAGGGUUCAUGGUGUCCAAACUCCAGUUUCACGUGUACGUCUCUUAUCUCCACAGGAAAACAAGGGUCAUCUUCCAUCAACUCAUUGGGAUGAUGAUUAUCUUUUGAGAUCAGAACCUUUCCCAAACCAUAGAAUAAAAGCUGAGUCUACCAGUCACCAUAUGGCAGCACCAGAAAGUACACACAUGUUCCAUGAUACCGAUAUCUUCCAGAGUGAAUCAGAUCUGUGUACAGAGAAGAAACGCAAAAUAAAGAGUGAAGAUGCUAGACUUUCCAGGGAAGCUGAGGUGAAUGAGAUUCGAAUGCGCAAAGAGCUUGAGAAACAAGAAAUUAUGAGACGCAAGAACGAAGAGCAAACUAAGAAAGAAAAGGAGAGGCAAGACCGUGAAAGAAAGAAGGAGGAAGAGAGGUUAAUGCGCGAAAGACAACGCGAGGAGGAGAAGUCACUGCGAGAACAAAAACGCGAGCUGGAAAGGAGGGAGAAGAUGCUGCAAAAAGAGAAUUUAAGGGCUGAGAAGCAGAGGCAGAAAGAAGAGCUAAGGAAAGAGAGAGAGGAAGUUAGACGUAAAGCUGCUAUUGAGAAAGCAACUGCACGGAGGAUUGCCAAAGAGUCUUUGGAUCUUAUUGAGGAUGAACAGUUGGAGCUCAUGGAAUUGGCUGCUGCAAGCAAAGGGUUACCCUCAGUAGUUCACCUAGACUAUGAUACGUUGCAAAACCUUGAUGCAUUCAGAGAUUCUUUAUGUACAUUCCCAUCAGAGUCGAUACAGUUGAAAAAGCCAUUCAGCUUUCUGCCUUGGGUAGAUUCAGAAGAUAAUGUUGGAAACCUUCUGAUGGUCUGGAGGUUCUGCAUUACUUUUGCUGAUGUCCUGGGGUUAUGGCCAUUUACCCUUAACGAAUUUAUUCAAGCAUUUCAUGACCACGAUUCAAGAUUGCUGGGUGAGAUACAUGUUGCUCUUAUGAAAUUAAUCAUCAAAGACAUAGAAGAUGUUGCAAGGACGCCAACCGGAUUGGGGACAAACCAGUAUUCUGUAGCUAAUCCUGAAGGUGGACACCCGCAGAUUGUUGAAGGGGCAUACAUGUGGGGCUUUGACAUACGCAAGUGGCAGCAACUAUUGAAUCCAUUGUCAUGGCCUGAAAUAUUUCGGCAAUUGGCUUUAUCUGCAGGAUUUGGCCCACAGGUGAAGAAAACAAAUGCAGCAUGGCCACACGCGAAGGACGAGAUCAAAGGUUGUGAAGAAACAGUUUCAACAUUACGUAAUGGAUUGGCAGCUGAAAAUGCUUUUGCCUUGAUGCGAGAGAAGGGUUUAUUAAAUCCACGGAAAUCUAGGCACAGACUUACACCUGGCACUGUCAAGUUCGCUGCUUUUCAUGUCCUUUCACUUGAAGGAAGUGAGGGACUAAAUGUCCUAGAACUUGCAGAUAAGAUUCAGAAAUCUGGGCUUCGGGACCUUUCAACAAGCAGAACUCCUGAGGCAUCCAUAUCUGUUGCUUUAACAAGGGAUCAGAAGCUUUUUGAAAGGGUCGCUCCUUCCACAUAUUGUGUGCGGUCCCCUUACAGAAAGGAUCCUGCAGAUGGCGAGGAGAUAAUUGCCACAGCCAGAAAGAAAAUCCAAGUAUUUGAAAACGGGUUCUUAGGCAGAGAAGAAGACCCUGAUGAGGUUGCUGAUGAAGUUGAUAGAGAUGAUGACUCUGAGGUUGAAGUUGAUGAGGAUCCUGAAGUCGAUGAUCUGCCUAUUACUACAUUGAGCCCUACCAGACAUGUCGAGCAAGCCAGCGGAGUCGUCAACACUCUCUUGGGGAGUGAGAUUGAUGAUGAACAAGAAAAUGCUUUGUUGGAAAUUGGAAAUGAUACUUAUACACGUGCUGGGUCUCCUUCAUUAUUCUUGAAAACUGAAUCCGAAAAUGAACUUUCACCAUUCCCUCUCAAUAAUGGUUCCAGAGACUUGAGUACUGCUGGGACCACCAUGGACCAAUCUCUUAUCAGAGAAGAUGUCUUGGUUGGUAGUAAUACAAAGGAAGAGAAUCCUGAGAUUGAUGAAAGCAAGUCUGGUGAAUCAUGGGUACAAGGACUUACAGAGGGAGAAUAUUCUCAUCUUUCAGUUGAAGAGCGUCUGAAUGCCCUUUUUGUUCUUGUUGGCAUUGCGAAUGAGGGUAACAUCAUACGUGCUGUUCUUGAGGACCGUUUGGAAGCUGCAAAUGCUCUUAAAAAGCAGAUGUGGGCUGAGGCACAAUUAGACAAGAGUCGUUUGAGGGAAGAUGUUAUAUGGAUGCUGGACUUGCUAUCAGGUAAAUUUGAAGGCCAAGUUAGUGGGUGUGCAACUGACAGCAUCAUCCAAAGUCCACUCCAUCAAGCUGAUGGCUUUAAGGAGGCUUCUCAAAGCAUGGUAGAAGAACAGAAGUCACUGCUUGCUUCUGAGAAUGAACUGAAUGACAAUGUUCAUGCCACAGACAGAAAUAUGGCAGUUCAGGAUCCCUCCAAUAUAGAUCACAUCCCAACUCAACAGUCUGGAUCUAGUUCCAAAAGGUUCAGAUCGCAACUGAAAGCUUAUACGGCCCACAUAGCUGAAGAGACCUAUAUAUAUAGGUCAUUGCCACUCGGUCAAGAUCGCAGACGUAAUCGUUAUUGGCUGUUUGUUGCUUCUGCUUCUCGGAGCGAUCCUUGUUCUGGCGUGAUCUUUGUGGAACUACUAAGUGGGAAAUGGAGGGUUAUUGAUUCUGAAAAGGAAUUUGAUGACAUUUUGUCAUCCUUGGAUAGUCGUGGGAUUAGGGAAUCCCAUUUGCGUAUAAUGAUGCAGAAGAUCGAAAUGUCAUUUAAAGACACUGUGAGGAAGAGCUUGUCACCCGACAAUGUUGCACGUCCAAUCAUGGAAAACGAAGCUUCUGAAAGAGACUCCAGUCCUAAUGGCUCACUCGGUAUUGAUAGCCCUAGCAGUUUGGUUUGUGGUUCAAACUCUGAUACACAGGAUGUUUUUUCGUCCUUCCGAAUUGAGCUUGGGAGAAAUGAAAGAGAGAAUAAGGGUGCAUUGCGAAGGUAUGAGGAUUUGCAGAUAUGGACAUGGAAAGAGUGCCUCAGUUCAACGGUGUCAUGUGCAAUGAAACAUGGCAAGAAAAGGUCUAGACAACUGUUGGAUGCCUGUGAUCUUUGUCUGGACUCAUACUUAUUUGAAGACCACCACUGUCUUUCUUGCCACCAGACAUUUGACAGUGGCAACAGGAUGUUUAGCUUUGAAGAGCAUGGAACUAUAUGCAAUGGGCGAAGGAAGCUGGACUCAAAGGAUACCCAUGCAAGUAAUUCAUCCUUGCCGUUGGGAAUCAGACUGCUCAGGGCUCUGUUAGCUACAGUUGAGGCAUCUGUCCCAGCUGAAGCUCUCGAACCAUUUUGGACCGAGAGCUGUAGAAAGACUUGGAGCAAGAAGUUGGCAAAAUCGUCUUCAAUAGAAGGACUUCUGCAGAUGCUGACAGUGUUCGAGAGUGCUAUAAAACCGGACUUCUUGUUGCCUAAUUACGAGUCUACAAAAGAAUUGCUUGGGACACCUAGAGCAUUCUAUGAUAAAUCCGAUCUUAGCUCAGUUCCUGUACUUCCUUGGAUACCCAAAACCAUGGCAGCCGUGGCGCUGAGGCUUUUCGAACUCGAUGCUUCUAUUGUUUAUGUAAAACAGGAGAAGGCCGUGCCUUCCGACUACAACAACCCUGCAAACGCAGUAAUGAAGCUUCAUUCAGGGUACUCUCCAUUGAAGAACAAAGCUGUUGAACUCCCAGAACGGAAAGAAGACUACUUCAAUGGAGAAGUCGCCAUCAACCCAAGAAGCAAUAAGCGUAACAUUGCUAAACCUCGACGAAGGAACCAUGAUCAAGGACGUAGGCCCAAAGUGCAGAGAAAAACACCUAAUCAGACAGCAAAGAGAACUAGUUCGAAGCCGGUGAGCAACUUCAACCAAGGUGUAGGAGGGUCGAGACAACAGCAUGGACGUGAGGUGAACAUUCAAGGGACAAGUCGGGGUCCACGAACAGUCCGGAAGAGGAGAGUGGAGAACGUGAUUACUGGAGACCAACUACUGCUCGGCGGUGUGUCCGGGAGUAGGGUCCCGCCGCCUCCCAAGUCUGGCAGGUACGGUGGAAGUUAUGAGAUUGAGGAUGACAGGAUGGAAGUCGAUGACGCGAGUGAUGAUGACAGCAACAACAACAAUAGUGAUGCCAGCAGCUCCGAAGAGUCUGAUGAUGACCAUCCGGUGGAGGAGUAUGAGCACGGAGGUUGGACCAACCGAGGGUUUGAUGAUGCAGGCCCCUCCAAUGGUUGGAAAGAUGACCUGAUGGAAGAUCGCAGCCCCAAUAGUGACGAUGAAGAUCCCAGGCCCACCAUGCCUGGUAGUGAUGGAACGAGUGACGACGAAGAAGAUCGAGAUGGAGAUACUUAUGGUGAUGAUGAGGAUCCUGGGCGUGGAAAUGGGAACUCCUUUGAAUAUGCUUCAGGGGAGGAAAAUGGGAAUGGGAUUGAAGACAAUGAUGUGCCAGUGUAUCGCGAUUCUGGGGAUGUAGGGAUGAGUGACGGGUCGGAUGAAGAGCAAGUGGACGACGAUGAUAAGGUUGUGGAGAGGAACGUUGUUGAAGAAGGAGGUACUAGCGAUUCAGAUAGCUCAGAUUCUGAGGAUUACAGCAGCGAUUGAGUGAAUUGGUGAGAAAAUUUUGCCCCUUUCUUGAGGCUGCAUUAUAGUUUUUUCCAGGUUGCAGCUGUGAUGAAAAUGAUAAUCUCAAGCGGCUCAAAUAUGGCAUACAACAAUGUAGAGAGAGUAAUAGGUUUUUACUAGAUUUAGGUUUUUGCCCAUUUGGUAAUCAAUUGCUGUUAGUUUG